ACCAACAUGAUUUGGUACUCUUGUAUAAAUAGGUGCAGAACCAACACGGAAAUUAUGUUGCAUUGCUCAAUCCUACUAUAACUUAACAACCAAAAAGCUCUCGUCAAACAGUUUUAUUUUUGUUUCCAAAAAAUGGUGGAUACUCAAGGCUACUUGAUUCUAUUCCUUAUUGGGCUGUUUUCUACCUUAUUUCUUAAACAUGUUGUGUUCCGUAAACGAACCACUUGUCAUCUUCCACCAAGCCCGUUUGGUUUACCGAUCAUCGGUCACUUACACCUCCUAUCUCCAACACCUCGCCAGGCCCUUCAUGGGCUCUCGGCGCGUUAUGGGCCUUUAAUCCACAUAAAUCUUGGAUCCGUCCCUUGUCUAGUAGUUUCAUCACCCCAAAUGGCCAAAGAAGUACUCAAAACUCAUCAAACUUUUCUAAGCAGACCGCAAACAUCAGUGGUCGAUUACUUAACAUAUGGUUCACAAGACUUUUCCUUUGCGCCUUACGGGCUUUAUUGGAAGUUCAUGAAGAACAUAUGCAUGAACGAACUCCUCGGUGCACGAACAUUGGACAUGCUUCUUCCUGUAAGACGCGAUGAAAUAAAGUGUUUCAUCGAAUUACUCUUACAAAAAGCGAAAAUUGGUGAAGCAAUAGAUAUUGAAGCUGAGCUUCUCAGGGUUUCUAAUAAUGUUAUUUCAAGAAUGAUAAUGAGUGAAAGAUGUUCGGAGGACAACCGUGAAGCUGGGAGUAUUAGGAAAUUGGUUCACGAUAUUGCUGAACUCACUGGGAAAUUUAAUUUGUCGGAUUAUAUUUGGUUUUGUAAAAAUUUGGAUUUGCAAGGGUUUGGAAAGAGGACAAAGGAUGUACAUAAAAGAUUUGAUAAGAUGAUGGAGAGGAUCAUAAAUGAACAUGAAGAAACAAGAAGGAAGAGAAAUAGUCAAAGUAAGGAUGGGGGUGAAACUGUAGUGAUCAAAGAUUUGCUUGAUAUUCUACUUGAUAUAUCAGAGGACGAAUGCUCAGAGAUGAAAUUGACCCCAGAGAAUAUCAAAGCUUUCAUCCUGAACAUGUUUCUUGCUGGGACGGAUAACGCCGCUAUUACAGUAGAGUGGGCACUAGCAGAGCUUAUCAACCAUCCAAACAUUAUGCAAAAAGCUGUCCAAGAAAUUGAUUUUGUCAUUGGUAAGAAUCGACUUGUGGAAGAAUCGGAUAUCUCAAACCUCCCUUACCUCCAAGCCAUUGUUAGAGAAACACUUCGACUAAACCCUGCUGGGCCUAUGAUCGUAAGACAAUCGACUGAAGAUUGUUGCAUUGGAGGUUAUCACGUAGCGAAAAACACUAGGCUAAUAGUCAACACGUGGGCGAUUAAUAGGGAUCCCGAAUAUUGGAAAAAUCCACUUGAAUUUAUACCAGAAAGAUUUUUGACCCAAGAGGGGGAGGGGAACGCGAAAUCCCAAUUGGACGUAAGGGGACAACACUAUCACUUUUUACCAUUUGGCACUGGGAGAAGAGGUUGCCCUGGAAUUUCAUUAGCAUUACAUGUAGUUCAAACAAGCCUUGCUGCCAUGAUACAGUGCUUCGAAUGGAAGGUUCAUGGUGGAGUGGUAGGUAAAGUGGAUAUGGAUGAAGCACCUGGCAUUGCUCUUCCUAUUCCUAGAGUUCAUCCUUUGGUUUGUAUUCCAGUGACUAGGCUGAAUCCAUUUACAUCAACAACAUUAUCCGUUUAGAUUUAUUAUUGAAGAUUGUCGAUAUUUGUCGACGGCCAAUAAGGUCACGUUUCAUAGGCAAACCAGUGUACCAAUUGUCUAGCAAAUGAAGGAACACGAUCACGAAGAGGUCUUGAUACUCUAGAGUAAAGUACUAAGGAUAUGGAGCUUCUUCUCCUAGCAGACUUAAGUUAUGUUGCUUAUGUAAGUUUUUAAGGUCUUUAUUUAGUUUGUUUUUCCAAUUCACCAAAAAGAAUGUGACAAUGUUAUUAUCGGAAAUAUAUUAGUUUCAGUUUCACUUCACUUUUAUGUACUUGACAUCUUUGGUGUAAUCAAUUCAUGGUUGACCUUACACCUCACAAA